AUGGCAGAUCUCAACUUCUAUCCAAAUGACGAGGGCAUAUCCCGGAAUACGACCCAUAUACAGCUGAUGGAAGAGCUGUGUAACUAUUUCUUAAUAACGCAGAAAUUAUCCGUAUCAUCAAAAAUUGUCGACAUAGCAGACGAGGACGAACUCGCAUAUAUGCGAAAUGCCGCGAGGCCAGGCGCACAAGCAUUACCACUGAACCAGGUUCUUAGUGAUAUGACCAAGAUCAUGUCUCAUCGAAUAGCAAUGGAUCACCCAAGAUUUUUCGGCUUCAUUCCUUCUCCGGUCGACGAAAACUCGUUUCUAGGAAGCAUGUUCACUACCAUGUAUAACGUCGGUGCUGGUAGCUGGUAUCAAAGCUCAGGCGCCAGCACCGUGGAAGAUUCCCUCAUCAAAUGGUUGGCCGAACAAGCUGGGCUUCCAUCAUCAUCUGGCGGCAUUUUUGUGUCUGGGGGCUCAGUGGCCAAUUUGACGGCCGUGGUCACCGCCCGCGAUGCCAAGCUGCAAUUCGAACAGAGGCCAAAGGCAGUCAUUUACAUGUCUGAGCAAACGCAUUCUUCCAUGACAAAAGGCAUAGUCGUGGCAGGCUUUCACCGGAACCAGAUCCGUCGUGUGCAGUGCGACUCGAGUUACCGGAUAAAACCAUUGAGUCUUCGGCAGCAGAUUGAAAGCGAUAGGAAGAAUGGCUUGAUACCAUUCAUGAUUGCGGCAACUUGCGGCCUGACCAACACCGGGGGCAUAGACGAUUUGAACGCGCUCGCUGAUAUAGCCGAAUCCGAAGACUUGUGGCUUCACGUCGAUGGCGCAUAUGGAGCAUCUAUACUUCUUUCAAAGACACAUAAGCAUUGUGACGACGGCAUUGGUCGCGCGGAUAGCGUAACGUGGGACGCUCACAAGUGGCUCUUCCAAGUAUACGAUUGCGGCCUGGUACUCGUCCGAGACAAGCGCAACCUUGUCGAAAGCUUCGCGACAGGUGCCUCAUAUAUCCGAGAUGCUGAUGAAGCCUCGUCAGAAAAGGUCAACUUUUGGAAUCGGGGCAUUGAGAUGUCUCGACCUGCGCGAGGCAUGAAGCUCUGGUUUACCCUUCAAAGGUUAGGCCUCGACAGGGUCAGUGAUAUGAUUGACCACGGAGUCGAUCUCGCAGAAUUCGCCGAAUUGGUAUUCCGAGGUUUCGAAAAUUGGGAGAUUCUCUCACCAGCCCAGCUCGGAAUCCUCAAUUUUCGGUAUGUCCCGCCCACAUCACAUCCUCUCGCUGAGGGCGUGGAUUUCGAUCUGUUUUGCGAUAAAGCGAAUGCAGAGAUAUCGAGAUUGGCGGUAGAGCGGAAUAUUGCAGCACCUCUAACGACAAGAAUUACAAAGGUCCUGAACUUGCGAAUGUGCACCGUCUCACCUCAGUUGAGCAGGGAUCAGCUUUUUGAGGUGAUGCAAAGUCUGGAUUCGAUUGCAAAGGAAGUUUCGGCCUCGUUUGUGAAGAAGAGAAUUUUGAAGAUUUGA